AUGAAAGCCUUGCUAGCCUUCACAAAGUCUCCAUUAAAAUUUCCAUCAUCAACACUUGCAUUACAUCGUUGUAGAAGCAGUAAAAGUUGUUCAAACAAAUUGUUGAUCAAUCUCUUUUGUGUAAAUGAUACGUGUAAAGGAUCAUCAGUUAACAUUUCUCAACAACAAAAUCAUAACUCUCAGAGUGAACAUGUUGCUUCAACAACUUUCCGAAAUUAUCAUAACAAUUUAAUUUAUAGAAAUACUAUGGGAGAAAUAGAUUUAUCAUUUAUGGAAACAGAAACAUUCAUCAAGGCAAAUGAACAACUCACUCAAAUGGAAAAAACAUUUUCGGAGCUGUUAAAAAAGAAAAGAAAAAAUCAAUCAUUACAGUACGAUGAAGAGUUGGAACGACAAAACUUGGUAUUUGGAGCUAACAAUCUUCUUGAAAGAGCUGAAGAAGAUAAUGGAGGAGACACUUCUCUCAUGUCUCCAACACAAUUAUACAUUACUUGGAAAUUGUCCAAAUUACGUUCAAAAUUGUUGAUGAAAGAUUUCUUUACAGUGAACGAGAAUAUUCCUGAAGACGCCAUUCAAGAGGCUGCAAAAAUGUUGGAAGAGAGGCCAUACCUCGCCAAAUUAUUGAAAGAGCAAUUGAUGGAUAAUAAUGAAUUUGACAAGUAUGACAAACAUUUCGAUCAAAAUAUUCAAUUUCCAAUCUACACAGGCCUUGCUCCAAUCCAUUCGCCAGAGAACAAUUGGCUUAAAUACUACAUUCAUGACAAACUCUCGAAUAGUUCAGUUGGACCUAUUGUUUCUAAAAAGAGAGCUGUUUUCACAGAGUUGGCCUUUGCCAUGCACAGUGGUUUGGCAAGUUCUCUCUUACUGGGAGCUUCAAUUGUGAACAAGGAUUUGUUUAUCUUUGCAUUCUACUAUGUCGUUCACUUUUUUAGUAGAAUGAAUCCAGAGGCCUAUGAGCAUUGUAAAGAGGUUGUCAAGUUGUGGGACAAGGGACUCAAAGAGCAGUUUAAGGAUGUCACAUUCAAAGAUUGGGAAACUGAUGUUGAACUUCGUCUCGACUCGUGCAUGUCUGUUCUCAAGGCAUACCUCAUUGGAUUUGCGACCGAAGAUGACACUUCUGAUGAAAAAAUCAAAAAGUAUGCAAAACUCGCCCAAAAACAAGAUCCCAAUAACUUUUACGUUUUCACAUUGGACAUUGACGAUGCAGACCCUGCCUCAUUCUUAAGAAACGUCUUAAAAGCUGAGAAAAUUAUUCUCGAAAAGGGAACACUCAAAACCAUCAACCACUUACGAUUUUUCCCAGUGCUAUUCCAUAAAGCGAAUGCAAUAUGGUCAGCUGCUGCAGCCUCUCCCGAUCAGGUUCAACGAGGAAAGGUUGCAAAAGACGCUCUCAAACUCCUUCAACUCUCCUUCAACAAUUUACAAGUACCCAUGGAUCCCAUUGAAGUCCAAACUAUGGCCGAUUGUAAAUUAAUGAUGGCUGAACCCGAGCACGCCUUAAAGUUAUAUAAGGAAUUUUUUGAGGUUCAAUUUAUGAGCUCGUCGUUCCACAUUACUCAUGCUGUAGAGGUGGUAGCAUCAUUGAUCAUGAACGGUGGUGAGGUGGAGAGUGCUAUCAAGUCUCUCGAUCGAUACUGUAGACAUUUUCCCGAAGAGUACACUGUUUCAUUGAGGUUACAUCUCAUUAAUGCGCUCGUGGAGCCACCCAAUGCAUCUAAUUUGCCAUUCAUUCACACGGAUGAUCCAGCCAUAAAGGCUCAAUUGGCAAGUGUCACCACCGCAGCAGCGACACCACCCAAAAUCUAUAAGGGAAAAACAGAGCGAGAUCAAUUGGAAUGGUGUCGAAAAGAGCUCAGCAAAUUGAUGGAUAAACAUUCAGAGUGGAUACAAAUGGAUCCAUCACUUGAAAAUUUUUACAGAGACAUCAGUAACAAGUUGGAAUUCAAGUUGAAGCAAGGAACAAUGACGUCUCAAAAACCAAAGGUCCCAUCCUCUCUCAAAGCAUCUGUAAGCAAAUCUCUCUUAAUGCCCAAAAGUAGUAGCGACAAGAAAAAGAAAUAA